AUGCAUGACAGGACAUGGUUUGCGGUCUACAAGUGGAUGCAAGUCAGCCUUCCAACAGCACAGCAAGUCUCACAUACCCCGAAAAAGGACACUAUCCGUGCAACACCAGCAGUUCCAGCGAGGGCAUUGCAGAAAGAAGUCCCAGCUCAUUUUGACACCGUUAUUGCGCGCGAAUUUCCCGGAGAUCCAUUUGACUCCAACAAGAACAAGACUCCCCUGGAAGAUUUGCGUGUUGCACACAUUCGUGCAAUUUUCAGACUUCCGGAAGAGUAUGGUACACAAUUCAAGCAUCCCUUGGCCUACGUAGAAUGGUUCACACCCUUUCACUCACCGGUUCCAGAUAUUGGGAUGUACAAGAUUGCGUAUUCACGUUGA